AUGGACGUUCAACUCUACGUCUACGAUCUCACAAAAGGCCUGGCACGGCAGAUGUCCCAGCAGUUUCUCGGAAUUCAGAUCGAUGCAGUUUACCAUACGGCUGUUGUGAUCGACGGGAUCGAGUAUUUCUACGGAGCCGGCGUUCAAACAUGCUAUGCAGGCUCAACCCACCACGGUCGCCCGAUGGAGAUCAUCCCAAUGGGAAAGACGGAACUUCCGAUCGAGACAAUUUUGGACUAUCUGGAAAGCCUAAAGGAGGUCUACACGGCGGAGAGCUACGAUCUGUUUGCUCACAACUGCAACAACUUCUCGAACGAUUUUGCUUUAUUCCUUGUCGGAAAGGGCAUUCCCAGCCACAUCGUCAACCUACCGAAGCGCGUCCUCGACACACCAUUCGGACAAAUGUUGAAGCCUUCGUUAGAGGCGAGCAUGCGCUCUGUUACCCAAGCCGAAGUCCCGGUUCAAAACCGUCCACCGCCAGCAAUAAAUGGCGCGGCUACUUCUGGAAUCCCUACAUCAAGCCCAGCGAUACCUACAACGCAGCAUCGCUAUGGCAAGGUCGUCAACCUUACCUCUCUCAGCACACUCGACAGCCACAUGGCCACGGCAUCCGAUACUUGCACAACCAUCUUCUUCACAUCAUCGACAUGCGCACCAUGCAAGCUCGCAUACCCCAUGUUCGACACUCUCGCCGGAGAACAUCCUCAAGCUCUUUUCGUCAAGGUUGAUAUCAACGAAGCUCGGGAUGUGGCCUCCAGAUACCAAAUUCGAGCAACACCAACAUUCAUGACCUUUUCAAAAGGAGCCAAACAAGAUGAGUGGUCGGGAGCCGAUCCAAACCUUUUGAAGUCCAACGUGGAACGACUCAUACAGCACACAUUCCCUCCACAUCGUCAUCUUACCCUCAGCCUGCCAACUCUCCAAUACGGAAGCAUGAAGCCUGCCACAUUUGCCAAGGUUCCUCCUCUCGACAAGCUCAUGGCAAAGCUGGGUGGUGCUUCAACCAAGAAGACAUUCACUGAGCUACGCACAUUCAUCGACAAGCGCACCGCGAGUCCCAAAGAUGCCCCGCUUCCAGAUCUACCCAGCAUAUCAAAGUCUUUCAAGCCGGACCUUCUGGCAUUACCUGUCGAGGCACGCUUCGCAGCAGUGGACCUGCUGAGGUGUGCCAUGGUCGAUUCAAGAGCUAGUGGAUACCUCGCCGAGGAGAAAGACGCCAAAAUUGUCUCCACGGUGAUCGACCAUGUCAACAAGCUGGAUGGCUGUCCACAUAACCUACGACUUGUCACAAUCCAUCUGGCCUGCAACACGUUUUCCUCGCAUCUCUAUGUGAAGGAGCUGAUGGCGAGCGACGACAAUUCUCUAUCGCAACUGAUCGAGCUCAUCACAUCAUCUCUGCUGGACGUGUCACAUCCGACGACCCGUGUGGCAGCUGCUUGGCUGGCCUUCAAUCUCGCCACCACAAACUACAGGAUUCGCCGCGAGGAAGAACAGGAGGCAUUGGCAGAAAGCGAACAAGUCGAACUUGCGGCCUCUCUGCUGGAAGGUCUCGCCGAAGAAGAGAAUCCAGAUGCUGCAAAGGCAUUGCUGCUUUCAUUGGGCUACCUCGUGUACUGCUCGCCAGAGAAGGGGGAGCUUGCUGAUUUGUGCUCUGUGAUGGAGGCCAAGCAGACUGUUGGUCGGGUGAAGUCGAAUGAACCGCUAGCGAAGGAGGUAGCGAGUCUGUUCGCAUAG